CUGUUAAUCAUUGAGCUGCUCAGAGGUUGAUCAGUGAACUUGGUAAGAAGAGGAAGGCCUUACAGACAGUGACAGAAAGCAAAAGUGUUGUUUUUUUUUUUCGUUUCUUGUUAUUUUAGCAAAGUGUGUUCUAACACUGAGCAGUACAGUUUUACACAGACCAACUGUUCUGGUCUGUUUAGUAAAUCACCAUGUUUGCAGUUCAUCUAGUUUCCUACUUAUUCUCCAAAYUCCAGGAGGAUCCCACGAAGAAGGUGGACAGAUUUCUUCACGCGUUGCGUCUCCAUGAUGACCAGUUGGGUGACAUCUCGGCACGUUUUCAGGCUGAAAUGAAGAAGGGGCUUUCAUCAGAAAGCAACGCAGCUGCAGCCGUAAAAAUGCUGCCAACGCACGUCUGCUCCACUCCUGAUGGAUCAGAGAAAGGUCAGUUCCUGGCUCUGGAUCUUGGCGGCUCCAAGUUUAAGGUGCUCCAAGUUAAAGUUAGAGAGGGUGUUGGGGUUAGGAAAGGAGAAGUGGAGAUGGAGGAAAAGGUCUAUCCAAUACCAAAGGAGCUGCACGCUGGAAGAGCAGCUGAGUUAUUUGACCAUGUGUCGGAGUCUCUAAAGGACUUUCUGCAUGAAAAGAACAUCAGUCUGGAGAAAAGACAUCCCCUAGCCUUCACUUUCUCUUUUGCCUGCGAACARUCCAGUUUGGAUCAGGGAAACUUGAUAAGCUGGUCGAAGAACUACAAGGCCCGAGGCCUUGAAGGAAAGGAUGUGGUCCAGGCCCUCAGAGAAGCUAUUGAUAGAACUGAGGGUCUGGAUGUAGAGGUAUUAGCUAUGGUUAAUGACACUGUGGCGACCAUGAUGACCUGUGGAUUUGAUGACCAGUACUGUGAAGUAGGACUCAUCAUUGGCACCGGCACCAACGCCUGUUACAUGGAGGAGCUGCGUCACAUUGACCUGGUGGAGGGAGAYGAGGGCAGGAUGUGUGUGAACACYGAGUGGGGGGCGUUUGGAGACGACGGGGCCCUGAAUGAUUUCGUGACCGAGUUUGACCGAGAAGUUGAUGCGGCCUCCAGCAACCCGGGGAAACAAAUAUUCGAGAAAAUGAUCAGUGGCAUGUAUCUGGGUGAGUUGGUGAGGCUGGUUGUACUGAAGAUGGCCAAACAGGGACUGCUGUUUGACGGACGUGUGUCAGACGCUCUGAGAACCACAGGAAAAAUAACCACCGCAGAUGUAGCAGCAAUGGAAGAGUACAGGGAUGGUCUGAAAAACACCAGAAACAUUCUGAUUCAGCUUGACCUGAGCCCGUCAGCUGAUGAUUGCAUCGCUGUUCAACACGUCAGCACCAUAGUAUCGUUCAGGUCCUCAAAUCUGGUGGCUGCAGGACUGGCAGCCAUCUUAACACGAAUCAAGCAAAACCGAAAUCUGGGAGGCCUGAGAAUCACUGUUGGUGUGGAUGGAACCGUGUACAAGACACACCCACAGUAUCCUAAACGUCUUCAUAAAGUAGUGAGGCGGUUGCUUCCCGAGUGCCAGGUUCGAUUCGUCCUCUCGGACAGCGGCAGCAGCAAAGGUGCUGCCCUUGUGGCAGCAGUCGCCCAGCGCCUGACAUCACUGAGACGAAAGUUAGUAGAGACGCUGUCCCUCUUCAGGAUAAACCAAGAGCAGCUCCAACUGGUGAAAACCAGAAUGAGAGAAAGGCUGGACGCAGGACUGAAGAGUGAAAGUACCUCCACAAUAAAAAUGUUGCCCUCUUUUGUGUACCUCACACCUGAUGGCACAGAACGUGGGAAAUACCUUGCCUUCGAUCUGGGAGGAACCAACUUCAGAGCUUUGCUUGUGAGAUUUAAAAAACAGAGAUGCCGACUUUACCACAAAAUUUACACCAUCCCACUGGAGAUUAUGCAGGGAACUGGAGAGGAGUUGUUUGACCACCUGGCACAGUGUGUUUGUGACUUCCUGGACUACAUGGGACUGAAGAAAUCUCGUCUUCCUGCAGGUUUCACCUUCUCCUUCCCCUGUGAGCAGUCCGCCAUUGAUACGGGCACACUGGUGACCUGGACCAAAGGCUUCAAGGCGACAAAUUGUGAAGGACAUGAUGUUGUCGAUCUGCUUCGAGAGGCCAUCAAGAGACGCAACGAGUUUGACUUGGACAUUGURGCAUUAAUCAACGACGCAGUAGGGACCAUGAUGAGCUGCGCCUAUGAAGACCCUCGGUGUGAAAUYGGAAUGAUUGCAGGAACAGGCACAAAUCUUUGCUACAUGGAGGAACUGAAGAACAUCGAGAAAAUUGAACUAAGAAGCGUCCCGACGAAAAAAGACAAAGAGACACAUGAAGCAGAUGAGAAAAAGCAGAAUGCUGGCGUGAACAAAAAGAAAGUGGAAGGGAAUUCUGAGAUGUCAAAAAUGUGUAUAAACACAGAGUGGGGUGGUUUGGGUGAUGACGGCUGUCUAGAUGACAUCGCCACAACUUAUGACAUUGAGGUGGACAAAAACUCCAUCAACCAAGGAAAACAAAGGUUUGAGAAGCUGACCAGUGGGAUGUAUUUGGGUGAAAUUGUGCGGCAGGUGUUAUUGGAUCUAACCAGAAGGGGUCUGCUGUUUAAAGGACACGUGACUGAAACCUUAAAAACACCUGGAAUCUUUGAAACCAAAUAUCUGUCACAAAUAGAAAGCGAUCGCUUGGCUCUGCUGCAGGUCAGAUCCAUUCUGCAGCAGCUCGGCCUCCACAGCACCUGUCACGACAGCAUCAUCGUCAAAACGGUUUGUGGGGCGGUGUCACGUCGUGCUGCUCAGCUGUGUGGAGCCGGGCUGGCAGCUGUUGUCGAUAAGAUCAAAGAGAACCAAAACCUGGACCAUCUGAGCAUCACUGUGGGUGUAGACGGGGCUCUCUACAAACUUCACCCACAUUUUUCUCACGUCCUGAAAAAGACGGUGAAAGAUCUGGCUCCUCAGUGUGACGUGACCUUCCUGCCAUCAGAGGAAGGCAGUGGGAAAGGCGCCGCCCUCAUCGCAGCCGUGGCUCGACGAAAGCAGGAGAUGUGACCUCACACAGCUGCAAAAACUAAAUAGACACAGAAUUUUUUUCUUAUUUUUUUUAAUUUAUCUUACCAAUUGUACUGACUUGUACUUCAGUGCACAUGUGGAGACCUGUGCACUGAAUUUCUAGUUGCUGGUGACUUCUUGUCUAAGAACACUUGAAACCUUCAAGUSUUUUCUCUGUAACACUGAUGUUGAAAAAUAAUAACUACUAGAAUUUUCUUUGUUUCCUCAAAAGUCACGUUCAACUUAGAGGCUUUGGGURAACACUAACUGUCAUUUAUUUUCCUGUUCAUCAAGCAGGUGAUCCAGGCUCAUUCAUGUUUGUGCCUUAAUAAGCCCUUCUUUUUUCUUUCAUUAUGAGCUUUUUGUAAAUAAACUAACAUUUUAWUGCAAAUAUAAA